AUGUUCUGUGUUGUCUUAUCAACAUUUGGUUCCCAGUGGUGUAGGUUAAGAACGAGACCCAACUCUACAACUAUAAAGACUGAAAAGAACUGUCAGGUCUUCAUCUUGCCAAUGUCAGAAGCCAAUGUGUUGCACGUGACCGAGACUAUGUUCCCUCUCCCAUUUCACCAUCAAAGCAUCGUCAUGUCUGCUGCAAACGACGGCACGAUAUGUGUAACAUAUGAAAGGGAGGAAACUCGCCCCGAAUCAUCUGGUUAUAUCUAG